AUGUUGAUGUUGCAAUAUUUGCCGUACAAAUUUCAUUUCAAGGGAAAAUGCGGCAAGAUAGCUGUGAUCGGUGGUUCUAUCGAGUACACGGGUGCCCCGUUUUUUGCCGCAAUCUCUGCAUUAAGACUGGGUGCUGAUUUGGUCCACGUCAUUUGUGCUCCUGAAGCUGCUCCUGUUAUAAAAACGUUUUCGCCGGAACUCAUAGUUCACCCUGGUCUUGAACCGGAGAAUGUUCUGCCAGUAUGUUCUUUUCGAAGACGUUCGAUGAUAUAUAAGAGCUGCUUCUUCUUUUUUUUUCCAAUGAAAUCAUCCACUACAUUGAGUAACUAA